UCGGCCUCCCCAGGCAGCGAGCCGUCUCCAGCUCCCAGCUCCCGGCCCACCCAAUACUCUCCUGGACAUGUCCACAGGUUUCCACCAGGAUGUUCUCCCAGUCUGCCUGACCACAUCCGAAACCAAUGCCCGGCUUCUUCACGGGGUAGACAACCGAGCAGAUGUUUUUCACCUGGACUUGAGGUCACUCUACGAUAAACUUAACACGAUGAGAUUUAGGGUUUGGCGUAGGUCUUUGUAGCAGUCAAUCAACUCUCGUACCCAAAAGUUUCAACUUUUUUAAGGUUUCUCCGAGAAGGAAGUCUAUCGCUCCCAUCCCCAUCGAUGAGUUGGGAAGUGACUGUAUACUCAGAGUACAUGCUGAAACAGAGGGACGAGCCUUCAACCCCAUCCCAGGAAGGAGCAAGCCCCAGACCCAGCUCCAAGAACUGUUCCUUUGGACCCUGCCGGGAGAGCCUCUCGGUGGCCUGCCUGCCCUGGCAGCCUCACCAGCAUCCUCACCAACCCCUGCUCCAGGCUUGUUGCUAAGGGACACCUUCCCAUUUACUCAGGCUCUGUGGGAUGGCUUUGUUGCCAUGGCAAUGCAUCAAUCUGGAGAGGGAGAGGGAGAGAGAGAACAGACUCUUGUGUGUGGACUCACAACGGGCCCCUGCUGACCAUGAACAAGAUGAAGAACUUCAAGAGAAGGCUUUCCCUGUCCGUGCCCCGCCCAGAGACCAUUGAGGAGUCCCUGGCUGAGUUCACUGAGCAGUUCAACCAGCUCCACACCCAGAGGAAGGAGGGUGAGGGUCAGGCCACCUCGCUCUUUCCCACCCAGACUCCCUAUGGCGGGGACGAGCCUGGGCAGCUGUCCCCCGGCAUGCAGUAUCAACAACGACAGAGUCAUCGCCGCUUCUCCAUGGAGGACCUCAACAAGAGGCUCUCCCUGCCCAUGGAUAUCCGCCUGCCCCAAGAAUUCCUGCAGAAGCUACAGCUGGAGAACCCAGGGCUGCCCAAGCCACUCACCCGAAUGUCCCGUCGUGCCUCCCUGUCAGAUAUCGGCUUUGGGAAACUGGAAACAUACGUGAAACUGGAUAAACUGGGGGAGGGGACCUAUGCCACCGUCUUCAAGGGGCGCAGCAAGCUGACAGAGAACCUCGUGGCCCUGAAGGAGAUCCGGCUGGAGCAUGAGGAAGGGGCGCCCUGUACUGCCAUUCGAGAGGUGUCUCUGCUGAAGGACCUGAAACACGCCAAUAUUGUGACCCUGCAUGACCUCAUUCACACAGAUCGGUCCCUCACCCUGGUGUUUGAGUACCUGGACAGUGACCUGAAACAGUAUCUAGACCACUGUGGAAACCUCAUGAACAUGCACAACGUCAAGAUUUUCAUGUUCCAGCUGCUCCGGGGUCUAGCCUACUGCCACCGCCGCAAGAUCCUGCACCGAGACCUGAAGCCCCAGAACCUGCUCAUCAAUGAUCGGGGCGAGCUGAAGCUGGCCGACUUUGGCCUGGCCCGGGCCAAAUCAGUGCCUACAAAGACGUAUUCCAACGAGGUGGUGACCCUCUGGUACAGGCCCCCAGAUGUGCUGCUGGGAUCCACAGAGUACUCCACCCCCAUCGACAUGUGGGGCGUGGGCUGCAUACUCUAUGAGAUGGCCACCGGGAAGCCCCUCUUCCCAGGCUCCACCGUCAAGGAGGAAUUACACCUCAUCUUCCGUCUCCUGGGGACUCCUACAGAAGAGACGUGGCCGGGCGUGACGUCCCUCUCCGAGUUCCGAGCCUACAACUUCCCCCGGUACCUGCCGCAGCCGCUGCUCAGCCACGCUCCCAGGUUGGAUACGGACGGCAUCAACCUCCUGACCAGCCUCCUCCUGUACGAAUCCAAGAGUCGCAUGUCAGCGGAGGCGGCCCUAAAUCACCCCUACUUCCUGUCUCUGGGAGAGCGUGUACACCAGCUUGAUGACACCGCCUCCAUCUUCUCCCUGAAAGAGAUCCAGCUCCAAAAGGACCCAGGCUAUCGUGGCCUGGCCUUCCAGCACCCAGGGCGAGGGAAGAACCGGCGGCAGAGCAUCUUCUGAGCUGCGUCCACCCUGCUGCAACUCACGGGGCGAGAGGCCACACAGAACAUGGAUUCAGGAAGUAUGGGGCCUGUGUGGCCAUCCGAGGGCUGAGCAAUGAACGCCUGUGGCCAGUCUGGAGGACCACUCGGCAGCCCUGGUGGUAGCAGUCGCUUCCUUUCCUCGCUUGUCACACACCUCUGGGAUGACCUCUGCCUGGACACCGACCCCUUUGCCGUCCACUCUGGGAUGGGGCGUGAGCUACUUCCCCGGGAGGAAGGGAGGGCCGAGGAGGGACCUGGGACCCCUUCCCGUAGGAGGUGCGGGGGAAAUCUGGGGACCCUGGGCUUGCCUGGCUCAUCAGCUCCACAGACCCCUCUCUUAUCCUCUGGACACUCGCUUUACCUUCUUCUCCUCUGAGAACAAGGAAGAGUCCAGGAACAAGGCACCGGGCCGGGAAUUGUGCCAGUGUGUGUGUGCAUAGCCCACCCAAAGGCAGACAUCCCUAGAGCAUCAAAAAAAAAAAGUAUGCCCUCUUGUCUCCAUCCCCAACAUGCUAAGGUCCCCUCCUUGCCAGGAGCCCUGUACCCUCUGGCUUGAACCAAGGCUAAAAAGCCCAGCAUGCUGCCCACGUCCAGCUGCAUCUGGAGGGCAUCUGGGACUCCCAGUUGUACUCCUGCCGCCUCGGCCGUCCCCCUGCCCAUCCCCCAGACUGGAAAGGGCUGCCUUAAGCAGGCAGGUGGUAGAGUGUACACUGUUCUCGGAGCCCUGACCUAGCACCUCUGUCCCUUCCUCCCCAAGCCACUCCCACACGCGGGGGUUAUCAGCCCCGAGGUUGUCGAUAAGUCGACCCUGUCUCAGGGUCCUGAGGCUGGCACCCAGAUACGCAAGGUCGCCCUGACACUGGUACCAAGGUGGCUUUGACUCUUUGGGGCUGGUGCAGCCUCUCCCCCAUCCCCCACCUCCUUCCUAGCCCUGUCCACCUGACCCUGGCACCAGCCUCCAGAGAGGCUGGUCCUGAGCGUAAGUGUGCUGUUGGCAUUACAGCCUAACCCGGAGAAGGCACACCCUUCCUCAGCACCCAUCUCAUCUUCCAGGGUCUCCCCGACACUUGGCUGAACGUGAAGGGCAAAGGCCAAGGGGAGGUCAAGCCCGUGUUUCCUCCACGGGCCCCACGCCCAUCCCAACCCCUUGGAGCCUGGGUUCUCCCCAACCCCCCUCCCCCCACUGACUGUGAAUGUCCUGUGACUCAGAGCAAAGACAGAGAAUAUAUUUAAUUCAUGUUGUACAGAAA